ACGAUUACAUCAAUUGAGAAACUCGAUGACCUCAUCAAGAUCAUGCGAAAUCGCUUAAGGAAGGCUAUACUGUUACGUUCGAACUUUGUAUUCAGUGGGGGAACAGCGAGCAGGGUACAACGCCAUGGAGUUUGGGCUUCAGUGACUAACGAAGAUGCAACUACUGAUAGUUUCCGGCACAGUCUGUUGUAUGCCAACAACAAAAGGAUUUUCGUAUUUCAUCUCUCCAUUCGUGUUCCAAGUCUGCAUCAGAGCUGCAACUGUCACAACUCACAUUGGCCACAAGGCUACGUGGAAACCAUGACAUUCAGAGCACUCCAUCUGCUGGCCUUCCUUACGUCUGUAGUAAGAGUGUCGAAAGCUGAUACGGAGUUCCCAGCAUCAAACGAAGUUCCUCUUCCUCGAACAGAUGUUUUGUCACACGCUUUGUCAGCGGCACAGACAAGGCUGUCAGAGCUCAUCCUAUCAAACCCAGUUAUCAAGAUUGUGAGUCAUGGGUCACCAACCAUAGCGCUUGAUGAUGCAAAUUUAGAAGUGGACAACAUUGCGUUAGUCCACCUCACAAACCUUCAACUACGAUCUUCACCUUUUCAUAUGAUGUCAGCUGUACCAGAUCUGCGCCUCAUGGGUCUGAGUUUAUAUGGAAGUAUAAGAAUGUUGGAAGUUACAGGAAAUUACACCAUAUCCGUGGAGGUUAUGAAACAUACUUCUAUGGCACUGAUAACGUCUGACAGGGGUAGCCUUAAUUUAACGUUUGAGAACAUGGAAAUAUCAGGACUGGUUGGUCUGAAUUUCAGCGAGAAUAAGCUGCAAUUUCACACAGUAGAUCUUCUUUACAGACCAAAUCUCGUUUCCUUACGGAUCUUCUACAAAGAUGUCCGAGGUGUUCCACGUGUGACAGAGGAGAGGAGUAGCAGCCUUCACGGCAGAGUGGAAGAGCCGAUAUACACAGACUUGGCAAAGAGGCUGAACAGCCUCAUACAAGAGGAGCUGAACAAGCUGUUCAGAAAUGUCACGAUUGCACAACUAAUGGAUGGCAAGUCAGGAACUGAAAUAAGUUUUAAAUCUAGUAAAAAUGCCCGAAUAGGAAAUUUAAAUGAUUUCAUAAACUGCAUAUUAAAUAUUACGAAAGAGAAUAUUACAGACCAGAUUAGUAUCCCUGACUUUGAGAAUUCAUUUGAAAAGAAAUUAGGUUUAGUUACAAUCCGUGGAAAUUUCAAGGCUGAAGGUGGAUGGCUGAAGGGUCUGGAGACAAUUCAUCGAACUGCUGACGUCACUCUGAAACAACUGAACAACAGCAUAGAGUUCAGCGCGGCCAUGGGACUAAGGACACUGGAGUUUGGAUACGCAAGAUACAGAGCAAAACUUUUAAAUGUUGGACCAAGCGGUGCGCUGACGGCCUCUGUGGGGAGCAAUUCGCUGUCAUUUCGAGGCAUCGUGGAUUACACGGACAGCACCUGCAGAGUGACUUCAGCAGAGGUCAGAGUUAUGGACCUUCAGGAUAUGAAACUGAAACUGACAGGCCUCUCCCCAUUCAACUGGAUUUUCUCCAAAACAGCUACCUCUGUUACCCGCAGAUCCAAGUUCAACGUAGCGAGAGCAAUUGAAGAAACUUUUGGAAAUCAAAUUCGCAACAAUCUAAAACAAUUUGACUGUCGACAGUAUUUUCCUGAAUCCACAGUAAAAGCUGUCGAUCCUGUUACUGAAAAUUCUGAAUCUGGACAAAAGGAACUGUAGAAACAGCGCUGAAUUCAGGUCGUAACAAAUUACAGUCUCCAAUAGCAAACAGUUUUAAUCCUUUGAAGUAUAAAGUUUAUCUGAGUAGUGUUUAAAAGUUCACAAAGCACAGAAAACACACUGCGUUUCAAUUACAAACAUCGAUCGUUUGCUGCUGUCAGGGAUAUAAUCGCUGUUUAUUCUAAGAAUCAUACGAAAAACAUUCGUACAUUACGUUGGCGAACUGCUGUUUAGAAAUAUAAAGCAGGUUGUAAAUACCGUAUAGUAACCAAUGUGCUCUGAAAGGCUGAAAAUAGAAGGAUGUACUGUUCGCGAUGUAGUAUAUUAUUUGUAUUUUAGGAUCUGUAAGUGGUUGAUACUAAAUUACUGCGUGCACAGAUAUUUUUCUGGCACAGUUACUGAACUAUAUGAGUAAUGCAAUAAUGCUCCUUGGAGCAGAGUUUUCCUUGUGAAGCUGACAGCCUCUUAAGAAGGAAAAUUAAGUCGUGAAUUUUCUUAGCGCAAAUAAUUUUCAGUUUCUUCUCACACCCAGCAGCAACUUAUAGGCUCCCUUCCUUAGUCAACAAGGGAUAUGAUAUUGUGUAAUAAAAUUCGGUAAUCACAAGUUGAAACGUGAGGUUGUUACGGCGGCAAAUUCUAAGAUUCUGGUUUUGUAGGCUGUUACGCCGGUUAAGUGUAUUAGAAAUACAUACACAUUAUUUUCCUUUGGUUAGGGAAUCCCUGAGCACGAACCUCCACGGUUCUGCGAAUUACAGUUUAAGAACCACUUCAGCACUCGUUAUAAUUGUUCCUCUCGGCCAUAGAUGUCAGCAGGAGGUCUCACAAUUCUUACCGCUAUCUGAAGAAUUCUCUUUGAACUAGAUCGCAAACCCCUGCAGUCCUCUCCGGCUCUUCCAAUGACAAAUUUGGAACCUACUCACGUUUUCGUUAGUAGCGAUAUAGUAAAGUAAUUCAUAUCUAAUUAGCAAUUAGCUGAUGUACAUUAUGGGACAGAUAACUCAUAUAUGCAUCUCCAAAGCAGCAAAUAAAUAAAACUCUGCUGUUAAAUGGCAGGUAACA